AUGAAUACCCAGAGGCCUCAUCGACCCGCUCGAUUCGCCCGCAAAUGCGGCCCUACCUUCAGCACAUUGGAUCAUUUAUCUAAUGCAAGUCUUUGCUCCCAUGAAAUGGGUCGUGUCCAAAUUGAUUGUCGAUUUCGCCUCUCAAAAACUCAAUGGGGCGUCCUUGGUGGUGGGAACACCCCCGCUGCAGUGCUUUACAUGGACUUGACCUUCGAUCAGCCAAAAGACUGCCAGCUGACAAGUGCAGUGGUUGCUAUCACUAUGGAGGAGUCGGAUAUAGAGCCACACAGAGAACGUAAACAGACGGUUUCCAGAACACGGCCACGAUUAAGACAUCCUACACAAGAUUCAGAUCACGGUUUGGCUGAAGAUUCCACGGGGUAUCUGGCGCCAGCGACCGUGGAUACUGUUAGUGAUUUAACAACACGAUCAAGGCGCUGCCUCCAAGUCACUCCCUACUACGGUCCCCAUGAACUCGCGGGAAAGCCUACUCAAGUAACGAUCAAAGAGACCCAGCGUUUCACACCUGAAAUAAAUGUUCUCGGGCAAGGCGGAGGAGGUGUGGGAUACGACCAUGAAAAGUCCAUUGAACAAACCAGUCAAUGGACUUUCACUGGAAAGGUGCUCUCGGGAACUCAAUCCCAGCACACUUAUUCCGCAAUCGGCAGCUCAAGACCACGACGCAAUCACAGGCGCCCUAAUCCCGAACCGAGCGUUUACCGUACAAUGAAGUGGGAACUUAACGAAGAUGACAACCAAGCCCAAUCCCAGCAUAGCAGUGUGAUCCAUACUGCAUUUGCUUUUGAGCAUGACAUGGAGCCAUUCUACAUAAGGAUCGAUAUUCAAGGCAAACUUCAACGAAGAUCGGAGCAGUUCAAAGGAAACAUGAAACAACUGUUCAGAUUUCCAUCAAAGACAAAAAAGGACCAGGGCACCGCGCUGAUACGCGUUUACCCAGAUAAGACAACAAACCAGACGCGGCGACUGGAUCGGAUUGCGCAGGGCUUGUCACUAAGCAUGGAGCGCCUCAAUAUGGAGAAUAUUCGCGUGCAGCUACCCGACUCCAUGCCUAUAUCGUUCCAGCAGGAUACACCACAAGCCUUUGACGACCUAGCGCCAGCCUUAGAGGAGAUGGUUGAAGAUGAGCCACGAAGCAAUGAUCAUCAACCCUCAGCGGCUAUGCUCGCUCACAGAUCACCAAAAAUGAUACCAUCUAGUUCGCACCGCGGAAGAACAACGUCAAUCCCGACAUCUGCUGGCGAUGUAGAAAUGAUGGCUUCUAGCUGGCCUUCUGGAUCAUCCACCUUAAACGGUAGUAAUACAGGCGAUAUUAUGUCACAAUGUCUGCCACCCCUAAAUGAAACACAGCAGAAUAGUGAGAUAAGAGGGGAAAUAUCCCGAACUCAGACGAUGGCGACGUCAAAAUCAGUCAAUGUCAGUCGAAAGCAUACAGGAAAUGACUUGGAAGAUCUCGCCAGCCAACUAUCUCAAUUUCCUACUUUGCUCUUGAUCUUUCAGUGGGCUAUAUGGAUGUUUUCUUUCUCUCCACGCACAAUCGCCAAAGCUGCGCAGAAAAGAGUUGCAAUUUUGCACUCACCGUUCUCGCCCCUAAUCGCCCAACGUUAUAGCAGCGUUCACUCAUCUGUUCUCUCCCCAUCAGCUAUCCAUUUGUACUUUAUGUUUUUGUCUAUUACUAUAUCCGGUACAUACGACCAUAGGGUGUGGAAAACAGGGCUUCCCGUCCGCUCAGCCGUACUUAAGCCACACGCCGGUGAGUUAGUAGUUGGGUGGGUGACCACCAGCGAAUCCUCACUGUUGUAUGUUUUUGUUUUUUGCCGUCCACGAAGCCUAUGA